AUGGCCUCGUCAACAGAUCCCAGCAACAGUGCGAGCGGAAUUCCUCUAAAGUAUAAAAUUGGAGUACCACUCGCUAUCGUGUUUCUCUUUCUCUGUGCUGUUGGAAUAGCUUUCCUGGCAACUCGAUACGCAACAGCGAAGAACGGUCAAGCGAAUUCCGAACCCUCAGAUUGUGGAACAGUAAUGUCAAUGAAAUCCAGGCAGAAUUUACUACACUGGCAUAACAAAUAUCGAUCAAUUGUUGCUAAAGGAGAAUAUGAAAUUACCACGCAAAACGGGAAACUUAGAAAGCUCCCGCCAGCUAAGAGAAUGCCACAGCUGAAAUACAACUGUUCGCUUGAAGAGUCGUCCCUAAAGUGGGCGAACACCGUUCAAUGCGUAAUGAAGCACUCCCACUACCCUGGCGUGGGCGAGAAUCUGUUUGGUAUAACAGGAGAACAUACUCAAGAAGAAACCGCUAAUACGGCUACAAAGCCAUGGGCUGAUGAGAUAGCAAAGUAUGGAAUAUCAGCAUUGAACGAAUAUAGAGAUGAAAUAGGACAUGCAACACAGGUAUUGUGGGCGGAGACACUGACAGUGGGUUGCGGAAUCAAGAAGUGCAGCAAUGGUUGGACUAUGGCUGUGUGCCAAUACUAUCCACCAGGAAACGGCAUUGGUUCACCGAUGUACAAAGAAGGGAAGACAUUGUCUGAGUGCGGUUUAGAAGGAAGAAACGAGGUCCCUCACUUUGAAACUGGACUAUGUGAACUGUUGUAA